AUGUCUACCAAGAAAAAGCAGUCUUUGCCUCGCUUGCUCACUAAUCGUGCUUUUCUAGAGCAGCCGCCAAAUGCUCUUUGCAAUGCUCCACCAAAGACACUCCCAAUUGUACCAGUCAUGCCCGACAGACCCAUGAGAAAAUCAUCUUUGUUUAAAGAGGACAAAAGCGAUGAUGAAAACAUUGCACCGGUCACAUCAGAUCGCAAAUGCAACUUCGUGGCCUCGAAAAAGGUGAACGAUAUACAAGUGACAAAGGUGAAGAAACUGUACUACGAAGAUGCCUUUACAGUCCAUGGAUCACACAAUGCACCCAAGGAUCGUGUUGCUCACGAAUCUGUUGUUGUUGUUGAACUUAGGACUAAUACCAAAGUUUGUACUGUUCUCUGUUCAGUGAGCAUCGCGCUGACCUGCUACCAGGCGAAGGUCGAUAUACUCAAUUUACUGUCGAACCUUUCCCAUUCCCUUGCUCAAAUCUAUCAGCGACCGAAAACAUCUCUUUUGGUAACCAUCGAUGAAAAUACAAAUCUACUUUUCGGCACAACUCAUGGCCCUGCAUACCUUUUGAAGGUAUCCGCUCUCUCAUCUCUUAUCGCGCCUCUGACCAAUUUCCGCAACACAAACCUGAUCCAAGCAACCAUCAAUGAUCUCUUUGGCAUUCCACCCGAAAAUGGAGUGGUAAUUUUCAACCCGGUGGACGAAGACAAUCUCGCAACAAAUGGAAAGACUGCUAGAGAGGAAAUCGAUCGCCUUGAGUGCAGUGAUCAAAGUCCCUCGAUCUUCAAAUCUAUCUCACGGUCCAUGAGCCGCCGCAUGAAGAGAAGCAGCGAUAAUAGUGCUCCGCUUUCGCUCAGCACCAUCAUGAGCCCCGAUGUUCCAACUGGAUCUUCGCGCUCUCCUAUUGUCCCCAUCCCAGCUGACGCUACUCCAUUUCAAUCGCACCGUCCCGAUGACUCCAAGCUGGCAGAUUCUACUGAAGCGAGAUCUUCCCUGGAGAAGCCACCCAUGGAGGAUCUUCCGGAGCUGACAUUAUCCAAGGAUGAGCAAAGCAAACGCUCGCUGAAGAAGAGGGAAAGCUUGAAGAGCUUUGUUAAUCGUCGAUUGAACGAGUUAGGGGAAAUAGCCCCUUUCAUGAGCCCUAAGCCGCCUUCCAAGGGAAAGAAAGAUUGA